UUUUGUUGAGUUGUGCAAUAAAUGCCAAGAGACGAUGUCGUUUUGAUGGUUUAUUUUUGUUUUUUAAUUUUUGUUUUUUUUUUUUUUUAAUGUUUCCAUGGUGAUCGCUGCCACCAUUUUCAAUCAAAGCGUUCCUUCUGACUUUCAGUGGCGAAGUUUGUUGCAUAAUGGGAAGCUCGAAGAGUGGAGUUGGUAGUGAUUCCUCCGCCACGGAGUCCGGAGGUGCCGAUUGUGGUACCUCUGGUGAAACGGACUCCGACAUCCACAAUUCACUUCCUCCAUCCGAUUCAAUCCCUUUUUCAAAAGGUGAAAAGGUCCUCGCCUUUCAUAACCUUCAAAUUUACGACGCCAAGGUGACGAGGAUUGAUAAUCAGAUGAAUGAAUUGAAGUUCUAUGUCCACUACCUUGGCUGGAAUAAAAGUUGGGAUGAAUGGGUAGGUGUAGAGCGUUUGAUGAAACACACUGAAGAGAAUGUGCAGAAACAACGGGCCCUGAACGCAAAACAAGAAAAGGACAAAAGAACAAAACUUGCACGAUCUUCGCAGAUUAAACCAAAAUCGAUGAGAGGCAAGAAGCGAAAGAAUGAUUCUGCUGUUAGGGAGAAAAGCACCAUAUGUAUGGAAAAGCUUGUAAGCCUUCAAAUUCCACCUGAACUAAAGAAGCAGCUGGUUGAUGAUUGUGAAUCUGUUACUCACAUGGGCAAGCUUGUUAAACUUCCAUGUACCCCAAAUGUGGAUGACAUAGUGAAGAAGUAUCUAGAUUACAGGCUAAAGAAGGAUGGCUUGAGAGCUAAUCCAGUUGGAGAAAUUCUUAAAGGAUUAUGUAGUUACUUUGACAAAGUGUUGCCAGUGAUGCUACUCUACAAAAGUGAGCGUCAGCAAUAUAAGGAGGCAAUUGCAGAUGAUGUGUCUCCUUCAACUGUAUAUGGUGCUGAACAUCUACUACGCCUCUUUGUUAAGUUGCCCGAGAUACUGUUUUUUGCCAAAAUUGAAGACAAGACAAUUGCGGAGUUGCAGCAAAAUUUGGUUGACUUUCUAAAAUUCCUACAGAAGAAUCGAAGUGCAUUUUUCCUCUCUACUUACCAUGUACAUGAAGAUACUGAAAUCAGCAGCAACGACUAACUCACUAAUACAUAUAUGUACUUGUAACAACUUUCUCAUAGUAGCUUAAAACAGUAUGUUUGCUGGUUUCCUUAGUCAUGUUUGUUUAUAGAUGGAAAAUUUCAGAUGCUUUGUUUGAAGAUAAACAGUAUAAGAACUAUGGCAAAUAUGGUGGAAGAAAACAAAUAUAUUUUGUUUGGUAACAAUGCCAAGAAAAAAUAUAUAAGAACAAUUUCAAGUUA